CCAUCCACCAGCAAACACUUGGUUGGACUCGCUCGCUUCCUCCCCACAGCAUCAACAAUGCUCCUCUCCGCCAUUGGCCUUCAGACUCCUCUCUCUAACCCCAAUCACGCUUCUCCCUCCGCCAACCUUCUAUUCUCCUCCACAAAUUCCCUUAAACCCCAACCUACCGCCGCCGCCACCAGUAACUGCUUCUCUUCCCUAAGACAAGUCCACCUCCUUGCCACCAACGCUUCCACUUCUUCAUCCUCUUCGCUUACUGCCAACACAGCUAACAAUUUCAUCAAAAGCGACCAUUGUCUUCAAAAUCCUGAUUCACUCCAUCAUGUGAAUUGCGCUCUUCCUGAUGACGAACCAGAAGGAGCAGCGGAGCUGGUGUCCUCCGCCUCUGCGGUUGCUUCUGCCAUUCGCAAAGGAUCCAAUUCUCCGGUCGAGUUUGUGCAGCGUGUCGAGAAAGCUGAGAAGAGCAAAUUGGUGCUUCCGAGUCCAGACUUUCAGAGACUUUGCGUCGAACAGUUGGACCUCUUUCGCAGAAUCGUUGAUCCCAAUGCUACUCUUUCAGUUUAUGUGAGGCCUGCGGGAAGUUACGUUAUGGACCGUCUAGAACUCCGCAGAAUAACAUCUUAUCCUGGAGCCAAUGCAUCAGAUAUUGUAAUACUAGUUGGCACUUUCAAUAUUCCCACCGGCUUACGCGCUGCUGAAGCUGCACUCUCCAAUCAACCAGUAGAACUUAUGACUGAGCAUAAAGCUUUUGUGUUUCCAAUGGUAAAACAACCAUUUGUUGUUGGAUUCUUGGUUGCUGAGUUACCGAUGACGGAACUGAACGAGUCAUGUGGGGAUGCACUGAAUGAGGGGCAUGAUUUGAUUCACUUGCCAUCUCCAGAGGAAGGCUAUGCUUUGCCUUCAAGCUCAGAUGAGAAGUCAUGGGGAAUUCAGUCCUUAGAUGAUGAGCCGCUGAGAAUGUAUAAUUUCACUGCUGAGCAGAGAUUGAAUGCUAUUAAUAUCUCUCGCACUCUAGCCAUGGCAUACGUUAUGGAUCAGAAAGCAAUGUUACUCCAACAGUCAUCUUGGCAAAAUAAUGUUAGAAUGAGUAAUCUCGUUGAACAGAUCCGUGGACCUCUUUCUAGCAUUCGAACUUUGAGUAAAAUGCUAGCGACCCACCUGAAGAGAAGUGAGAUUUCUUACGACAUUGUUGAAGACAUAAUAGUACAGGGUGAUCAGAUGAAAGAUACCCUCCAAGAACUACAGGAUGCUGUUUACUUGACAAAGGCCAAUAUAAUGCACUAUAAUGAAGAGGCAUUAAAGAAAUUUCAUAAUUCCACUUAUCACCACCAUGAAUCAUUGAGGUCUCAUUUAUCAGAUUACAUGCCCAAAGACACAGGCAACAGCAACAAUUUGCAAAAUUCUGGUGAAUCAUCUUCUCAAAAUGCUGCAAACAGGGACGUAGAAAUGCCCAUGCCUCCUUUGGCGCUCACUUCCUUACGACAACAUGGAAUCAGACCAUGCAAUGUUUCUGCGGUGCUAUCAGAUUUGGUUGAGGCAGUGCAACCUCUUGCCUCUAAUCAGCAACGCAGUGUACAGUUAAGUGAGCGCUGUCAAUCUUUGCAAGUUGCUAUAGAGGAGGCAGCUUUACGUCAGGCUUUGAGCAAUUUAAUUGAAGGUGCAUUGUUGCGUACGCAUGUUAGAGGCAAGGUUGAAAUUGUAUCUAUAGAAGCACCUGCAGGUGGUGCCCUUGUAGUUAUUGAUGAUGAUGGCCCUGAUAUGCAGUAUAUGACCCAGUUGCAUUCCCUCAUACCAUUUGGAGCAGAGCUUUUCUCAGAAAAUAAGAUUGAAGACAACAUGACUUGGAAUUUUGUUGCUGGACUGACUGUUGCUCGUGAGAUACUUGAGAGUUAUGGUUGCGUAGUCCGCGUGAUAUCACCCCGGUUCGCGGAUGCAGCUCUUGGAGCUGGGGGAACCAGGAUAGAGCUAUGGCUUCCUUCCUUUGCUACAUUGUCUGACCUAAAUGACCUUGCCCACGAGGCAUAGGAUAGAGUGGCACCCAGAGAGAGUGUGCCUAAUUUGUUACAAAAAGAAGAAUAAUAAUGAUGAGUUGGUCAUAGACAUCCAAAUUCUCGUCUAAUGCAUUCAUGGCUAAAAUUUGAGAGGGUUCUGUACAGGUAUGUUGCAUUGUACUAUUCUUACUGCACAUGCAGUUACUUACAUGUAAAUAACAAACAUUUUGAUGUGUAAUUGUAACUCAAUUUGAUAGAAUGUUAUAAUUGUUGUCAA